AUGGCCACCCAAAAUGUUCAAAACCUGACCUCCUCCUCGGAGAAGUAUGCCUCCUCCUUCAAUAAAGGCAGCCUCGCUCUCCCUCCCGCAAAGAAAUACCUCGUCGUGACCUGCAUGGACGCCCGCAUCGACCCCGCCGCCGCCUUCGGCAUCGAGCUCGGCGAUGCUCACGUCAUCCGCAACGCCGGCGGCAACGCCAAAGAUGCCCUCCGCAGCAUCCUCAUCAGCCAGCACCUCCUCGGCACGCGCGAGAUCAUCCUCGUCAAGCAUACCGGCUGCGGAAUGGUGACCUUCACCAACACCGAUGCACUCAAGGUCGUGGCGGAGAACCAGGGCGUGGGCGUGCUGAGCGGCACGUAUGACUUCCAGCCUUUCCCCGAUGUGGAGCAGGGCGUGAGGGAUGAUGUGGAGUGGUUGAAGAGUAAUGGAGCGGUGGUCAAGGACUCUGCGAUUAGUGGAUGGGUUUAUGAGGUUGAGACGGGCAAGACGAAGCAGAUUGUUUGA